AUGGAGAAUAUCAUUAUGAAGUUUGAUACUUUGGAUGCUUUGGACAACUCUAAAUAUGAAUGGAACAUCAAGCAUAAACGAAUGCAUGCUUUCAUUUGGCCCAACUAUUUGCAAGAGUUUAAGAACAGCUUCGAUGAAGGAAAGAUCUAUGCAAUUCGUAACUUUGCUGUUAAGAGUUACAGAAAAGAAUCUCUCAGGUGCAUAAAGUCUGACAAGCAAAUCUGGCUCUCAAACUAUACUAAAGUCAGCCUAAUCUGGAAUGAUGAAAAAUCUGAAAAAAUGAUUCGUCAGAAUGAAUUUGACUUUUUUGAUCUUGGAGAGAUUGCAGACAUGAUCAAGCAAGAAGCUAACAAUCAUUUGAUUGAUAUCAUUGGCGUCCUUAAAGACCGGGAUGUUUUACGCCAUUUUACCAAUCAAAAUCAAGUUGAACAACGCUCUAUAAAGUUCACUCUUACUGAUGGAAAUUCCUCCAUCAAACUGUGUUUUUGGGAUGAUUUUGGGAAAUCCUUUGAUGAUGCUCUGAAUAAGGAAAUUGAAAACCCAAUAGUUAUCAUUGUAGCCGGUGGCAAACUUAACGAUUACAACGGCGAGCCCUAUGUAUCCAAUGUUGCUGCUACAAGAUUCUACGUCAACUCUGAUCAUUGCAGUGUUUUACUUAUGAGACAGAGAGCUAAAUUACCUAAUUUCAGUGCUGAGCCUUUGGUGAGAAUAGAUAUGGAUGAGAACCUGAUCAUGAGCAUCGAACAAAUUAUGAAACUCGGUCCAUCUUUUAUACUGAGGAAGGUCAUGUGCCAAGUAAUAGUCAAGACUGUGAAGGAUAAUAUGGACUGGAACUAUCGUGCUUGCACAUCAUGUCACGAGGAGGUUGAGUUUAUAGAUUUGAAAUUCAAAUGUCAGACAUGCAAGAGAAUUGUUCCAUUCCCAGAUAUGAGGUUUAGGCUGUGUUUAGUUGUCGAGGAUGCAACCGGUGGUGCUGCUAUAAUCUUGAAUGAUCGAGAGGUUGGGAACAUUGUAGGAAGAACUGUCUAUGAUGUUAUCACUGAACAACAAAGGGAAAAUGAAGCUACUGAUGAAUUCCCCAAAUGUCUAAAGUUGUUUGAAGGAAAGCAGUACACUAUCACAAUUUUGCUGAAUGAAGAUAACAUAAAUAGAGGAUCUAACACUUACUUGGCUGUUGACAUUUCGGAGGGUUUUGAGAUCAAUGAAAAGAAUGCUUCAGAAGAUGAUGAUUCAUAUGGAGGAUUCAAAAUUUCACAGAGCUCAGCACAGUCAGUGGCAAAGGAGGAUAAUCUUAAGACUCCUGAUACUAAAAAAUCAGCAAACACAAAGAAAGUCAGGAGGAUGAAUAAUGAGGAAAUAAUUACCAUCACAGAACUGGAUGAUGAGAAUGAUGAUACUGGACUCCAAAAUGAGAGCUUGCUCAAAAGAAAGAAAGGUUCCGAUGAAGCAGGUAUAAGGUUUAUCAGCUUUUCAUUUAGUAAAGUGCAGACAACAGAUUUGCCAUCAUCUCAAUAA